AUGUGUUAUCCAAUGGAAAAUCAAUCAGUGGACAUAGAAACCGUGGAAAAUGUUGAUAAAGUUCAAGCAGCUAUAAGUAAUUUCAGAGAGAAUCAGCGAAGAGUUAAUGAAGAGAAGCAAAAAGCAAAACCUACUGAACAGGGUAAAUCAGGUAAAACAAAAUGUACUGCUCUUGCACGUGCUAUAUGUUCAAGCAAGGUUCUGGAGUCUCAUAUUGCCAAGAAUGCAAAGACUGCUGUUACUUCUUCAAAGGAAAAGAAAGAUCAAGCAAUGGAUGAAUUUGAUCAGUAUGUCUUGUAUGAAGAAAUGAGAAAACAUACAGAGGGUUUGUCUGAAGUAAUUGGAAGGAACAAAAGUUUCAAUCAUAAUAAUGCCCAAGAUAUGAUGAACUCUGUAGCAGUUGCAUCAACUAGCUCAAAGAUACCUGAUUCUGAACAUAAUGAGGAGAAUGCUUGUAAUGAUAAUUCGGUUGUCCAACAUGAAGAUAUUGAAACUGAUUUGGAUAAGGUCUUGGAGAUUUUGGAAGAAGAUAUUGAAGGUGGUAGUGAAGAUAUGAGUGAUUCAGAAGAUGAUGUAGUCAACCCUAAGGAAGAUUAUUUAUUUCCAACUCCUGAAGAAAUAAGUAAUGCAAAACCACCAGAAGUUGGUAUGGUUUUCCCCAGUUUGGAUCAUGCAGUAAAGUUUGUUAACAUUUACGGGAAGGUAGCUGGUUUUGCUGUCAUAAAAGGAAGGAAUUAUAAAGCGAGAAAAAUUACCUUAGAGUGCAACAAGGGCAGGAAAGACCGAACAAAGGAUAUAACUGAAAGGAAAAGGAAAAGGAAUGUUCUAGCAAAAACGAAUUGUCGUAUGCAUGUCAAAGUAAAACAAGUGCAUACCUCUUGGCAAAUCAUUUCAUGUUCACUUGAGCACAACCAUGAAUUAGCACCUUCUCCUUCCCUGACAAAGUUUUUCUUGAGUCACAGACACAUGACUGAGGAAGAAAUUAUGUUAUCUAGAUUACUGCAAGAGAUCAGGGUGAAACCUCAACGAAUAAUGACUAUAUUCAGAAGAUUGAAAGGUAGCUUUGGAAACAUAAACUUUGGGAAAAAGAAGAUGGACAACCUGAAGCAAGCUGAAAGGAAGUUGAAACGGAAUACAGAUAUUGCAUGUGCUCUAAAUUACAUUGAAAAGAUUCAGCUCGCCAAACCUGGUUUUUGUUGCAAGAUGGAAGUUGAUGGUGAAGGCAUGGUCAGAUCUUUAUUUUGGACAGAUGCAAAAUCGAGAAUGGAUUACAAACUAUAUGGCGAUUUAAUCUGUUUUGAUACAACCUACAGUACUAACAAGUACAACAUGCCUUUCGCCCCCAUUAUUGGAAUCAAUGGAAAUGCGAAGACAAUUGUUUUUGGUUGGGCUCUUCUAAAGGAUCAGUCUGCAGAUACUUUUGAAUGGUUGUUUGAAAGUUUUGUCGAAGUCAUGGAAGGAAAGAAGCCAAAGCUUAUCUUGACUGAUCAAGAUGCUGCCAUCCAAGCUGCAAUAAGUAGGGUGUUCUGGGAUGCUUUUCAUAGGUUUUGCAUUUGGCACAUCCUACAGAAUCUGAAACAAAACACAAGUGCAUACAUGGCAGAGAGAGAAGGUAUGGAAGAUACAAUAGUGAGCCUAAUAAUGGAUUCACUUCACAUCUUGGAGUUUGAAACUGGUUGGAAAAAGAUGCUUCAGACUUACAACUGUGCUGACCAUGAGCAUCUGAAGAGGAUGUGGGGGAACAGGGCGGAGUUUGUUCCAGCCUAUUUCAGAGGUAGUUUCUGCCCUUUUACACGCUCUACAGGGAGAAGUGAGAGCUUUAACUCAAAUUUUAAAGAUUAUGUGCUGCGAAAAGAUACAAUUGAGAAUUUCUUGAAGCAAUACGAGAUUUUCCAAGAGAAUGUUGUGGAAAUUGAGAAUGAAGACCGUUUCCACUCUACUCAACAGGAUCCCACUUUUUGGUGCCAUCAGCCCAUUGAGCGGCAUGCAGCAAAAAUAUACACAAGAGGUAUUUACUCGAAGUUUGCGACCGAGCUUCUUAAUUCAACUGCUUUCGGUGUUACUGAAAUUGUGAAGGACAAGUUGUAUGAGUUGAAGAAGCUAUUCAAUUACAAGAAACCUGAGUAUAGGAGAGACGUCUUCACUGUUUGUGUUGAUAGACAGAAUCAAACCUAUGAAUGUGAGUGCGCAAAGUUUGAGAAAGAUGGAAUUCUAUGUUGCCACAUUCUGAGACUGUUCACACAGUUUGAUGUUGUAGAGAUUCCAACUGAGUACAUAUUACCAAGAUGGACAAUAAAAUAUAGGGAGGAUGAACUGUUAUUACAGAAAAAGCAAAGUGUUGAUGUACAUGGAGCUGAAACAUCUGCUAGUACUUUGAGAUAUGCGAUGCUUCUCAAUAGUGUCAACGAUGUGUGCGCUGAUUUAAGCAAAGAUGCAAAUAAGAGCAAACAAUUUAUUGAGGAGGUUCAUAAACUUCACAAAAGGUUGAUGGCGGAAGACAAUGCAGAACAGCAAACAGAUGGCAACUCUGUCAUCCUCAAAGACCCUCCAGUAAUAAGAAAAGGUUCAGCACAACUGAAGACUCCUAUGAAGGAAGGAUUGGUCCCUGUUGUAAGUAAUGUAAACAUUUGGUUGAAUGGUGAUGGUAGUAUAUCUGAACCUGUUGAGCAAAUUAGUUCAAAAAUGAAGUCUGCAAAGAAGCGUAAGCAACUUAAAGAAGGUGAAGCAUCUGCUUUGAAAGAUCCUCCAGUAUCUACUGCAAUAUCAGUAAACAAAGGAGACCGACUGAAGCCUCAAUCAGAAAAGAACUCCAGGAAGAAAAAGAAAAAACCACCAGGCAUAUAGUUCAUUCAGUGGUAACCUUUCAUGAUCCAACUUUGCUUUUAUUUUAUUAAAUGUUUUUAAUAUUUGAAUGCUGCAUCAAAAAUCUCAU